ACAGCCACGAUUAUCACAUAUGUUGUCAGCGGCACUCGACCACAUAUUUUACAUAUUUCCUCGGUCGUCCUUUAACGAAAAAGAGAUGUAAUAUUUGAAAAAGUUUAUUUCUGGCAAGUUCUGAUUGGGCGGUUUUGCUCGAAAAAUCAAUUAAAUUGUUCUGUUUUCAUUCAAAAAUUGUGUAACCGACUGUCAAAAUACACGGUGGUUUUACAACUAUAACAGAUUUUAAAAUGUCGCACAAAUCUUGCGUGGAACUGAGCGAAAUUCGAAAAUUGGAUAAAAUAGUGCAGCAAUGUGAGCUCUACAUGUCGAACAAUAAUAUAAAUGAUACAGCUAAGAAACCGCCUUUAAAGGAAUUCAAACGAAAUUGCCUUGCAAAAUCCACUAAAUUUGUGGAGAGAGAACUCUUUUCUCUCAUGUGCAACCUAAAUAAGAUUGAAAAGAAACAGGUUUUUGUUUCAGAUAUUUUGAUAAACGCGAGUAUGUUUGACGACAAAAAGGAGAGUUUGUCAAGAUUUCCGAAAAGUGUAACCGACCACAGCAAUCUGGUAUAUCACAAGUUCAUGCGAUCCAGACCCAUUAAUGAUGAAGAAACAACAGAACUUAGAAUCAAGCUAAAAUCCAAGGAAAAACAAAGCACUAAGCACACUGGAGAUUGCUUCUUUUCGCCUCUGUUAUUUAAAAUCAAUAAUAAGAGGGAAUGUUUGAAAAGAGGUAAGUCCAACAAGGGAGAAAAUCAAACCGAACCGAAUUAUAUCUCAACCGAACAUAAAUCAAGCCUAUCCAAAAAGCAUAACGGUAGCAAAACGUCGAAAAAAUGCAUCAAAUGUGAUAAAAAGAAACUAUACAUUAAGAACUAUCAGACAGCUGCUAGAAGGGAUUGCGAUUUACUGUGCUCAUUUGAUCCAUCGCGUAAAAAUAACAGCGAUAUUUUUCAAACCCAUAAGGGAAAUUCUUACGAAUGCAUGUUUAAGAACCUGAGAUACAAUCAAAGCGAAAAAACAACCGAAAACAUAUUGGGGAGUUCAUAUGACGAUAUGCUUGACAAGGAAGCUCUUCUCGGAUCGAAGACUGAACAAAAAAUGCUAGAUCCGAACGAAAUGAUCACUUCCCUUGGAGGAAACAUUCUUCUAGACCAGAAGUUACAGAACAACUACUAUCAUAAGUGGACUCUAUUGCAUUAUUCGCCUUUUAAAGCUGUGUGGGAUUGGGUGAUAUUAAUUCUGGUUAUGUACACUGCAAUUUUUACCCCGUAUGUGGCGGCAUUUUUGCUUGGAGAACAGGAUUACCAGCGUAGAAAUAACAAAUAUAUCAAUUCUGACCCAAUUGUUAUAAUCGAUUUAGUUGUGGACGUUACUUUUAUUGUCGAUAUCUUGAUUAACUUUCGAACCACUUUUGUCAACGCACAGGAUGAAGUGGUAUCCCACCCAGGGCGAAUAGCAGUUCAUUAUUUAAGCGGCUGGUUUUUAAUCGAUCUUGUGGCAGCGGUUCCAUUCGACUUGCUUCUAGUUGGUAGUGAUACCGAUGAGACAACAACCUUAAUAGGACUCUUAAAAACAGCGCGCCUUUUAAGACUAGUUAGAGUGGCCCGAAAAAUAGAUCGUUACUCAGAAUAUGGAGCUGCAGUUCUUAUAUUAUUGAUGGCUACCUUUAUUUUGAUUGCCCAUUGGUUGGCCUGCAUAUGGUAUGCGAUUGGAAAUGCAGAAAAAUCUAUCGCCGCGAAAAACAUCGGUUGGCUGAAUUCUUUGGCCUAUGAUAUUCAAGAACCCUAUUUUGACAACCGAACUGGUGGACCCUCUAUAAAGUCGCGAUACAUAACAGCUUUAUAUUUUACAUUUACCUCGCUCACAUCCGUUGGAUUUGGAAAUGUGGCACCGAAUACUGAUGCUGAAAAAGCCUUCACCAUUUGCGUAAUGCUUGUUGGAUCUCUUAUGUAUGCAAGUAUUUUUGGAAAUGUAUCGGCGAUCAUACAAAGGCUGUACUCAGGAACUGCAAGAUAUCAUACUCAAAUGUUACGUGUUCGGGAGUUUAUUCGAUUCCACCAGAUACCAAACCCGCUCAGGCAAAGACUGGAAGAAUAUUUUCAGCACGCAUGGACCUAUACCAAUGGGAUAGAUAUGAGCUCGUUGCUAAAAGGGUUUCCCGAGUGCCUACAAGCCGACAUUUGCCUGCACUUAAACAGAAAGUUGUUAACAACAUGCGCAGCUUUUUCGGAAGCAAGUCCUGGUUGCCUAAGAGCUUUUUCCCUUAAAUUUAAAACUACCCAUGCGCCACCUGGUGAUAUUCUAGUUCAUAGAGGAGAUGUCCUUACCUCAUUAUUUUUUAUAGCCAGGGGCUCUAUAGAAAUUCAAAGAGGUGGCAAUAUGAUUGUUGUAUUAGGUAAAAACGACAUAUUCGGAGAAAAUCCGUGUAUAUAUCCAACGCUUGGAAAAUCAAAUGGAGUGGUUAGAGCACUAACAUAUUGCGAUAUCCAUAAGUUGCACAGAGACGACUUGCUCGAUGUACUGGAUGCUUAUCCUGAAUUUCUUGAAAGCUUCGUCAACAACCUUGUAAUAACCUACAAUAUGAGAGAUGACGAACAUUCUGGAGUUGAUAUCAAGCAUCGCUUCUUAAGGGCAAAGUCUUCCGAUAAAAUAAGGAGUUCACCGGACAUACCCUCUAUAAGAAUAGUUGGACUGCGUUAUAAAAAACAAAAUGUUAAUACUUCUGUUCAUAAAGUGAAGAAUGAUAACUCCCGUGACCUUAAUAUUUUUAUAGAAAACGAAAUCGCGAACUAUCAUUUAGACUUAUUUGAAAAUAAUAAUUAAUACUGAUAAACAUUUUAAAUGAAAACAUCCACUUGCCUUCGCCGACUUUGAUUGACUUGUUAAUAAACAACAACAACAGCUUAACAACUUUAA